CAGACACAUCGCAACCACCUUCCUCUCACACUCUCACCGUUCGCGCUUUCUCGACUUUCGUCCUCGAUAUCACUCUACUGCUCGAUCUAUAGAGUCUCUGGGAAUAGAAUGGCCAUUUGAGCUUCCAGCGCGCCAUGUCCAGCGACAUAUACUCGCUGAUCAUCGCCGUCCACCCCAACAACGAAACUCCAGAUCAGCCAGAUCAAGACUGGCGCCUGGGCGACAUCACAGUCGAUUGGAUCGACUUUACACGCGACAAGAGUCACAACGAUCGCGUCGUUAGCCCUCCAGCCUCUUCCUCCUCCCACAACUCCUCCUUGACCCGUCCUAUUCCUGGCGCAUUGCCGAGUAACGGCAGCUCCGCUCAAUCUUCGAGCGCCAUGCCCAGUACCCACAGCAGUCCCGCCAAACCGCGCACCAAACCUCGCCGCAAACGAGAGUCACGCCCAACCUCCGACGUGCCCGAGACACCAGACGCCCUCAGUCUGCAACCACUCCUCGCACACAUACCAGGUCCUAAUCCCGUCGCAGCAAGCACGUCAUCGGGCAUAACGCAUGUCGGCAAUGGUGUCGUUCAUCUGUUCCGCCACGCGCCGCCAGCCUCCCUUGUUGCCCGCUUGGAGGGACAGAACGGCGAGAGUUCUCAGCGUCAGGAAGGUUAUGCUGGCGAGCAUGCCGAGGGCGAGGACGGAAGCCUAGUCGCUAUCCUCGCCGUCCCCGCUUGGAUGCGUCCCGCCGACCUUCUCGAAUUUCUCGGGGGCUGGGUUACAUGCCUGGAGGGCGUGCGCAUGAUCCGCGAGGCAACAACCCCUAAUCGCUCUAUCGUGCUCCUCAAGUUCCGCGAGUCGAGCCAAGCUUCGGACUUUAUGGUAAUCUUCACAGGUCGAGCCUUCUCAACCCUCGACACGCGGGAGACAUGCCACGCCAUCCGCGUACACCACCUUGUUCUCCAUCGGCUCGAGGACAAGCGCGCCGACGUCGCCAUCCCCGCCUUCCCUCCAACCGUGUACGCGUCGCGAGCUGCCGCACUCCCCGAACUUCUCUCGGGUGUGCCGAAGGAUCGGAAAGUCGAACUUCCUUCUUGCCCAGUCUGUCUCGAGCGCCUCGAUUCGAGUGUCACUGGGCUCGUGACGCUGCCGUGCGCACAUACGUUCGACUGCGAUUGCCUGAGAAAGUGGGGGGACUCACGCUGCCCCGUUUGCCGCGUCAGUCAUCUGCUUCUCUCCAGCGCGCAGAAGCAGAUAACUCCCGGGCCGCGCGGCGGCAGUGAGAACGUCGAACUCGCACGCUGCGGAAUGUGCGACUCGACUGACGAUUCAUGGAUCUGUGUCGUAUGCGGCUCAGUAGGCUGCGGGCGCUACUCGAAGGGCCACGCUCGCCGGCACUGGAAGGACACGGGGCACCAGCUCGCAAUGGAGCUCGAAACUCAACGCGUGUGGGACUACCGCGGCGACAACUAUGUUCACCGCCUCAUUCAGUCUCGGAUGGACGGCAAGCUCGUUGAGCUCCCCUCGGCGUCCUCGCUUGCGGCCAUGGCGCAUCAGGAUUCGGGGCGCCCCCCUCGGCGACUCCCAUUAAAUCGCCCGCUUGAUGUAGAUGACUCAUCGCCCCGCAGCCAGUCGAGCGAGGGACAUGCACGCUCGCAAGGACCUUCUGAAGGCGACGCGGAGAAGAUGAGCACGAUCGAGUCCAUCACGCUCGAGUACUCCUACCUCUUGAGCAGUCAGCUCGAGGCGAUGCGGCAGCACUACGAGUCGGAAGCAGCGGCUACCCGCGCCCGCCUCGAAGAGCUGGAAGCGGCAGCGGCGCGCACAAAAUCCGCGGAAGAAGCGCGUGAAGCUGCGGAGAGGGCACGCCUUGACGCCGAAGCCGCGCGGGAGAAGGCGGAGCGCAGGGCCGAGAAAGCCCUCGACCUCUCGCGCUCCCUCCAGAACAAUCUCGGCUCGGAGAGGUCAAUGUCUAGUGGUCUUCAGAGCCGCAUCGCCAAGCUCCAGAAGGACCUCGAGGCAGUACGUGCUGCGCGCGACGCGAAGGCAGCAGAGGUCGACUCGUUGAAUGAGACGGUACGGGACCUCAUGUUCACCCUCGAUGCGGGGCUUAAGAUUCAAGAGGGGGGUGGCGAGGCCGGUGUCGGGGGAGAUCUCGUCGUGCAGGGCGGGAAGAAGAAGAAGAAGAAGUAGUGCAGAUGCAAAGUUGCGUGG